AUGUCCCCUACCAGGCCUGCAGUGGCACCAUACGGCACCAAAUUUAACUCGCCGUACGAGAGCGAGUGCCAGGGUGUGGGCAGAUCCGUGCAGCAACAGUGGCCAGUUUCUCCCGGCACGCGGCGGCGAUUAUCUGGACAGGGGGCAGGGGUGACGGCUGAGAGGCGGGGCGAGCAGCAGGCGGGGCGGCCGCCGGCUCGAGAGGCCGGUAAUCGGGGGCGCGUGGCCGCCCAGCCCCAGCCGCGGCUUCGUGCCCUGCCGACCGCCGACCGCCGACCGCCGACCAGCCGAUCUUUUGACUCGCGUAGUGGGAGGGGGGAGUGGCGGGGGGGAGGCGCCGGGGGCGGCCGCACCAACUUCACCUGCCCGCCAAAACACGCGGGGCAGGGGGCGGCCGGUGGAGGGGCUGCGCGGCCAGCGAUUGGCCGGCGCCCCCCAGGGAGACACCCCUCGCUUGCGGCCGUCCCCGCCCCGCGAGUGUAUAUAUGGGGGCGCGACGCGGCGGCCGCGGCACAUCUAAAGUACAGCGGCGAGCCAGCGAGCGGCGGCGCCACAGACGGCACGCUGCCCCUCUGCUCCAGACACACGCCGCCGCCGCCCCCGCCGCUCUGCUACCGGGAGCUGCCGCAGCGCUGCUGCAUGCGGAGGAUGGGCACAGGAAAGACUGCAGCAGGGCGAGCGUCGCCCCGGACUCCAUCUGCCGCCUCCGCCGCCCCGCCGCCCGCGGAGACCGUAAUUAAAGGAUUAGGUGGGGGCGGCUAA